AUGGGAGUUGUGGGAGGUUACCCACCUUGAAAGAAGGAUAGCCAAGGAACGAGGGAGAGUGGGAAGUUACUUUUCUGGAAGGUAGUUAGGGUAUUGAGAGGUCAGGUCACUAAUCCAUGGGCCAUUCAAGGGAGAUGGAAAAUUCAGAAAAAGGCCCGUUGACCGAAAGUCAAGGUCAACGCGAAAGAUCAAGGGGCAAUAAGGUAAUAUGACAUAAAUAAUUUAAACAAAUAAAUAAAUUAGAUAAACAAUACCAUGACAGUACUCCAUAAUUUGACAUGUGUACGACAAACAAUUUGAUAGACAUCUUUUGCCCCAAAUUCAAAAAAUUCUCUAGAGCUCGGAAGGAAACCAAAUUCUCUAGAGCGGUUUCCUUCCUUGGUACACCAUUCGACCGUUUCUUUCCCUUCCAACCUCUUUCUCCUCAGUCCUCACUCCCCCUUUCAAAUUCAAUGACAUCUACAAUUGCUGAUUUUCCGCCAUUGGAAAGCAAAAGGAAGUUCUCAUCUACAGAGAAGGAAGAACAAGAAGUAAAAGAAGAAAGAAGGAAGACCAUGUUUUACUCACAGUGUCUAUUAUCAAGUAAAGGGCCUUUAGGUGCCAUUUGGGUUGCUGGGUACUUCUUCAAACGCCUCAAAAAACGCCAAAUUACUGACACUGAUAUCUGUUCUUCUGUUGAUAAAAUUCUGCUAGAAGGAUUGCCGUCUGUUACAUACAGAAUUUUGGCUUAUCUUCUUCUUGGUGUUGUGAGAAUAUUUUCUAAGAAGGUUGAAUAUUUAUUUCAAGACUGUCAUGAAACUGUCUCAGACAUUAAUAUAUUUUUGGUUGGCAAAAAAAAGUUAGUUUCAUUUAGAGAUAUUGUGCGAUCUUCUCCUUCCAUAAUCCUUCCAGAAAGAUAUGAACUUGAUUCUUUUCAACUGGAGGUUGAAGAUGGUUCAAGCAGGCACAAUACUGCACCAAGGGAAGACAUUAAAUUUCGAGAUAUUUAUCAUGAAGCAUCAACAAGGAAUGUUGAUGCAUGUUCUCAAUAUUCUUUGAACAAGCAACAACCUGAUGAGGACUGCGCCCUCUUGGAGGACCUGAUUUUGCGGACAUUACAUGAGGUCACAACGCAGAAGGAAACUCGUUCUUUUACUCAGACACCUGAUAAAGUAGCAGCUAAGCAAGAAACUUCUACCUCUGCUCAUACUCCUCCUGAUAAAGUUCUUUCACCUCAUCAAAUGGGAUUUAAAGUUGAAGUAUGCUCCCCCGACCAAAUGAAGGAUUUAAAAACAAGCAAGGAGAAGCUUCGAGAGUUGAGAUUUUCUGAAGAAGAUGAUAUGGAUGUUGAGAGAAUAUGUGCUUUGGAUGUUGAACUUAUCAAUCUAAUUAACGAUUAUCAAGCGCAAACCAUUGAUAAUAUGGAUGAGGAUGACCUAAAGAAAGCACCAUUAGAAUAUCAGGAAUCUGUUAUACUAAAAGAGAAGGAGGUUCCAUCUUCCAUAGAGAAGACCCGUGAUGCGGGAUCUAUAGAUGCUGGAGUUGGAACUAUUCCCGAGCUUGUGGUUGUCCCCACUCCUGCUAAGAAGGAGAUCGCUCAAAGACUUGGCAAAAGAAAGUGCAUUGUUGAUGAGACCACAAUGUUGAGUAAUGAGACUAUGAAGCAGGGUCUUAAGGAUGCAAGUAGCUUGGUAUGCAAGAGAAGGAAAGUUCCUCAUACAAUCCUCGAUCUGUGGAGACUUUAUCAAAUUCCAGCCCUUUCAAAGAAUUUCUUUGUGCCUUUGAUACCAUGUGGUGCCUCGGAUCCGGAGGAUGUGCAUUGUGGAAAGAAAGCAGAAAGCACUGAACUGUUGAAUGCCUCCGUUCAACUAACAAUUAAAACUUUUGAAACUACACAAGCUCCUGGAGAGCAACAUGAUGCUGUGAACACCAAUGCCCCCCCUUCUGAAAUUCACUCAACUAUUGCCCCUGGAACACCGGUUUUAUGUCCAACAUCUGCCAGAGUUUUUGCAACUGAUAGGGCUGCAGAUUCAGAUGGGGAAGGUGUUCAAUUUUAUGAGAAUAUGAGGAUGGAGGUUUCAGUGGACAAGGAAGAUCACCUUAGGCCUAGCAUGAUGGCUGAGAUGGAUGCAAAUGAAGCAGAUAGCGGAGAACUCCAUACGAAUAAGAAUGGAGGAUUGUCCGCUAGAACCAGAACUGUGGCAAGAUAUCUUAUGCAAGUGAUUAAAAGAAAGAAGCAGCAAGGGGUAGAAGCUGUUUCGUUGCUUCCCAUUGCUAAACGCAAAAACAAGAGGGAAAACGCAAUGCUCUUUUUUGAGUUACUGGUCUUGAGUUCUGGAGGACUCAUAAAUGUAAAGCAAGAAGAAGCGUAUGGAGAUGUGAUUUUGCGAGAAACUCCUAAACUCGAAGCAUCUUUGAACAUGUCUAAUAUGUUAGUUCUACAGGAAUAGAUUUUGCAGUAGAUCAGAAAAUUAGUUUCUUCUGUUGCUGCCUGCAACAAAACUUACCUAAAUUUUUGUUUAUCUUUUCCUUUUUUAUGCUUUAAUUUAUAGGUUAUUAUUAAUAACUCAUGAGUAGAAUAAAGGUUAGAAAUUGUUUUAUUUUUUUAUUUUUUGGUUUAGUGUUGUAUAUGUAUGUAGAUUUUAGAGCAAGCAGGU